ACUCGAGUCCGAGCUCCAAACUUCGUUCCGCAACAUUUGCUAUCGAUUUUUUUACAUAUGAAAAUGGUGGAAAUUAAAAUAAUCAUAUGAUCAAUUAAUGCAGGUUCCACCUUCUCUAGACAUGAACAAAGGAAAGAUUUAUAUAUCAAAGACAAGCCCACCUUGUGUAGUGAAAGCAUACGUCUCACAAUUCGAGAAAGAUUUCUUUCUAUUUCUGAGAUCGCGGGCCCAUGAGAUGGUGGCCGGUGGCCGAAUGCUACUGUCUUUCAUGGGCCACAUCUCGCCGGAAGCUUCCACUGAAGUGGGAUCCCAUCAGUGGGAGCUUCUAGCUCAGCUCUUACUAGUAUGGCCUCGGAGGGGUCUCAUUGAAGAAGAUAGAAUCGACUCGUUUAACGCGCCCUACUACGCGCCAUCUCCUCAAGAAGUGAGAAAUGUAAUAGUGGAAGAAGGUUCUUUCUCCAUCAAUCAUGUAGAGGCAUUUGAGGUAAAUUGGGAUGAAGGUUCAAGUGCGUGUAGCGAUAGCGCGUGUGACAAAUGCGAUUUUGAACAUGAAAAACUAUCGAGGGGUCAACGGGUGGCUAUAACUAUUAGGGCGGUGGUUGAAUCAAUGGUAGAGUCGCAUUUUGGAAGAGAAAUAUUGGAUGAAUUGUUCCGGAGGUAUGGGGAACUCGUCGACGAUUACUUCUCCAAGACUGUGGCUAAGCACAUUAAUUUGGUAGUUUCUGUCACGAGAAAAUUCUGAAUAAAAUCAUGGAGAAGUAAUCGAAGAUUAAUUACUUCUCCAUGAUUGUGUCUACACACAAUAAUUUGUUAUUCAAAUGUGUUUCUAACUUUUUAGAAAUUGCAAAAUGGCUUAUAAAGUGUCGGAAGGUGUCAGUGUCCGACAUAAAACGUGUUUGAAACGCGAAAACAUUAAUAAGUCAAAGUUUACGUGCUACGUAGUUUAUAAGUAGUUGAAUUUAUGAGAUUUUUUUUUAUGUGGCCCAA